GUACCCUCGCUCAAUUAGGAGCUCGCCCCUCACCCACUUUGCGCAGACGCGCGCGCACUAGCGCCCGCACACAGACCCCGCCCCCCUGCGGCUGCCCCGCGGCUCGAAGUUCCCCGCCCGGGUUGCUAAGGUAGGAGGGCUCAGCGCUUGUGCCUGAGCACUUCAAUCCCAACCGGCUCGUGUGUGGACCUAGGCUCGGAGCUGAGAGGAUUCCGGGCUUCUGGGCUCCUUCUGCAAGGCAAGCGACAGGCCGGCGUUACGAGCCCCCAGCGAGCUGCGCCUGGCUCGUUGGACUCUGCCGCGCCGCGGCGUUUUCUGAUCUGGACUACAUUUCCCAGUGGCCUCCGCGAGCGCUGGGCCGGCGGCCCCUUUGUGUCUCCGGAGGCCGAGUCGCUUCUUUCUGGGCCCGCGGGGGCUGGGCUCCAUCCGACUCUGGGGCGGGAGGUGGGCCGGAGUGGAGAUUGCCGGAGCCUUCGCGGCGGGGACGGGAUCUGCCCGCAGUUCAGUUCUGCAGGAGGAAAGCAAAGCUGAAAAAUUCUAGGCUGGUGAUUCUGGAUGCUGCAAGGAAAGCCUGGUUUCUUAUGUUCUCUUCUCCAUCUCAGUCAUCUAAGGACACUGCCAUUUCCCAAGAGAAGAGCCAAGAGGAGGAAAGAAUGGCUGUUGGACUUCUGAAAGCCGUGUAUCAGGAGUUGGUGACCUUCAGAGAUGUGGCUGUAGACUUCUCCCAAGAGGAGUGGGAUUGUCUAAAUUCUUCUCAAAGAUGUCUGUACAGUAAUGUGAUGUUGGAGAACUACAGGAUCUUGGUGUCACUGGGACUUUGCUUUUCUAAGCCAAGUGUGAUAUUAUUGUUGGAACAAGGGAAAGAGCCCUGGAUGGUGAAGAGAGAGCUGGCAAAAGGCUUGUGCUCAGGCUGGGAAUCUAUGUGUGAGACUGAAGAAUUAACCCCAAAGCAGGACAUUUAUGAAGCACAAUCAUCUCAAAAGAUAAUAGAAAAACUUACAAGCUGUGGCCUUGAGUACUCCAGUUUGAGAGAAGAAUGGAAAUGCGAGGGCCAUUUUGAGAGGCAACUGUUGAAUCAGAAAGCAUGUCUCAAGGAAGAGACAAUCACUCAUGAAGAAGCCCUUGUUGAUGAAAGAGGACAAGAAUAUAACAAAUCUUGGGGAAGUUUUCAUCCGAACACACUACUUCAUACACAAGAGAUAAUUCCCAAAGAGGAGAAAGUACAUAAAUAUGACACACAUAAGAAAAGCUUUAAAAAAAAUUUCAUGGCCGUUAAGCCCAAGAGUAUGUAUACAGAGAAGAAACUUUUGAAAUGUAAUGACUGUGAAAAAGUCUUCAGCCAGAGCUCAUCCCUUACUCUUCAUCAAAGAAUUCAUACUGGGGAGAAACCCUAUAAAUGUGUAGAAUGUGGGAAAGCUUUCAGCCAGAGAUCAAAUCUUGUUCAGCAUCAGAGGAUUCAUACUGGAGAGAAACCUUAUGAAUGUAAGGAAUGUAGGAAAGCCUUCAGUCAGAACGCACACCUAGUUCAGCAUCUGAGAGUUCAUACUGGAGAAAAACCUUAUGAAUGCAAGGUAUGUAGGAAAGCCUUCAGCCAGUUUGCCUACCUUGCUCAACAUCAGAGAGUUCAUACUGGAGAGAAACCCUAUGAAUGUAUUGAAUGCGGGAAAGCAUUUAGCAAUAGAUCAUCCAUUGCUCAACACCAGAGAGUUCAUACUGGUGAGAAACCUUAUGAAUGUAAUGUCUGUGGGAAAGCAUUUAGCCUUCGUGCAUACCUUACUGUACAUCAGAGAAUACAUACUGGAGAGAGACCAUAUGAGUGUAAGGAAUGUGGGAAGGCCUUCAGCCAGAAUUCACACCUUGCUCAACAUCAAAGAAUUCAUACUGGAGAAAAACCUUAUAAAUGUCAGGAAUGUAGGAAAGCAUUCAGCCAGAUUGCCUACCUUGCUCAACAUCAAAGAGUUCAUACUGGAGAGAAACCCUAUGAAUGUAUUAAAUGUGGGAAGGCUUUUAGCAAUGACUCAUCCCUUACUCAACAUCAGAGAGUUCAUACUGGAGAGAAACCUUAUGAAUGUAAUGUUUGUGGGAAGGCUUUUAGUUACUGUGGAUCCCUUGCCCAACAUCAGAGAAUUCAUACUGGAGAGAGGCCCUAUGAAUGUAAGGAAUGCAAGAAAACCUUCAGGCAGCAUGCACACCUUGCUCAUCAUCAGCGAAUCCAUCUUGGGGAGUCCCUGUCACCACCCAAUCCAGUCAAUCACCAAGUCCUAUAGACCCUAUCUCAUCAAUAUUUCCAGAAUUUAUACUCUUUUCUCCAUCUCUAAUGUUGUCACCCUGGUCUAAAA